UAUAAGCGUGUGCGGUGUGAACUGGUGUAACCCUGCAAAAAUGAAACAUACUGUAAGGGGGCAGUGGUUGGAGGUGGGAGAUUCACUCCAUCCACUCACAACUCAUCCAUUUGCUCUCUGCCUGAGAAAGUGAGAGCAUUGCACGUGCAGCAAAGCAGCCACAGCAGCAUUAGCUUCGCUGCACCCUUGUCUUUGUGGGUGUAUGAAACACAGUGUGUAGGAGGAAGAAGGUAGGUGGGUGCGCAGGUUUAUAAGUGGGCUAGAAGUCCGGUACUGCCUCAAACUGUUGAUUGUAAAGUCAGUAGGCCAACGUGACUGUUGAAGGUAAGCUCGCCUCUGUGACUGCACUUCCUCUGCCAAACAGUCGCUUUCCCUUCUGCACAACACUUUGUGUUAGCUUUAAAUCCUUCCAUGUGUGCUCAGGGCCUCUGUGCUCUUUCACUCUGUGUAAUCUAUGUUUUCAACUUGUCCUCCGGAAGUCUUUGUUGGAGAGCUACACACCCACCCAGCCAGCCCUCACUCUCCUCCUCUCUGCCUCACCACUUUCAUAGUACAUCUUUUUUUUCUUCUUUUUUUUUUUUUUUCUCAUUUGCAUUUCUUCCGCUUCCUCAACAAGAAACCGUUCACGUGAAAGAGCUGUGAGAGACAAUCAGACUGGAACACACGGCCUUGGAUGACAGGAGAGAUUGACAGCAGCAGGAACCCUGAGGAUGGGGCUGUUCCCUGCAGAAGACCAAGCUGGACGACUGUUGCUGAUUGAAGUGCAAAGUACAAAAGGUGGCUUUACCCUCUGAUCAGAUUACUCCACAAAUAUGACUGUCUGUCAGGAGACAAAGCUGCCACAUGCUACUGUGAACAUCAAGGGAAUGCCAUUUAAUUGGUGCGGACUGGAGACAGAACAACCGCUAAUGUCAGCAGACACAUUUCAUUUGAGUAUAUAAAAGCCUCUGAUCUCACUCCCUCAUCCCUCUCUUGAUGUGAGUCACUCUCCUCCAUUCCCUCCUGUAUAUAGACCUUGCUAUCCACGUUUGUGUCUCAUAUAUUUCCACUGGCUGCUUACAAAAAAAUAUCUUAAAAUGGUAUCACUCAGAUAUAGAUGUGUUUUUAUUUUGGUGCUGCAGGAUUGUGGACAUCAUUGCAAACCAUGUCUCCCUGGAUUGUAUCACCAUGCAGAAUCCAGACUGGAGUAAUUUCUAUAUUAGCCAUCUGUCCUAAAGAGUACAGCAUAUCUGUCAUAUCAUUUACUGCUUUCGUUCAUUUAUCCGUUGCUAUGCUCCUUUUAUUCUGUUAUUCUUCCACCGGUGCAAUAGCAAAAUAUUGUCUCUAAAUAGAUGGAUCUGCCCUGUUUGAUCUGAGGUCUAAUGCAAACUGUUCUUAUCUUACAGGUAAUUAGAGACCUGGCACUGGUGCAUCACGACAGCAGCGGGGUUACCAUGGAGACUGGCAGGCCAGGAUUGGCGAGUGUUCCAGUGCACAUCAGCUCCGUCGCAGCGCAGACAGAGAAAAGGAUGGAGGUCCAGGCCCCACUGACGGCUCUUUACAUCCACACAGCACAGCCUGCAGCUGCCCGGGAGCCGGCCACACUGCAUCUGGCCAUGCCUCCACUUUACUCCAAGGAGACGCUUCCCUUUCUGACACUUCAUAUUGCCGGAGGACUGCAGUCUCAGCUGGGAUUGAGUCUGCCAGCUGCUGCUGCACCCAGACCCAAGUCGGCAGGAAAGCACAUGUGUCCUCACUGUGGACGGGACUGUAUGAAGCCCAGUGUGCUGGAGAAGCAUCUGCGCUGCCACACUGGGGAGCGGCCUUACCCCUGCACCACUUGCGGAGUUUCCUUCAAGACUCAGAGCAACCUCUACAAACAUAAGCGUACUCAAGCUCAUGCCCGCCUCUCGUCUGAAUCGGAGCAGAGCAGCGUAGACAACAUGUCCAGCUCCAAUUUGUCUCUAGAUGAGCGCAGCGAGAAGUCCGGCAGCAUGGAAAAGGAUGCCACACUACCUGCUGCUGAGAUCACCUGUCCAGCCAGUGCUGCAAACGUCUACCCUGUAAAGACACAACGUUCUGUCAGUGAACAGAAUGUGAUGACCCCUGCGGGUCAGAUAACAGAAGCAAAUGAAAGAGAAGGAGAAAAACAGAGGCUGGGAAAUGAAAACCCUCCGCUGACUACCAGUCGACAUCUUCCCCUUCAAAGACAAGAAGCCACUCUGUUCUCCAAGCAGUGGGAGAGCUCCGAAUCCCGAAGAAAAUCCCAGAGCCACGAGAGCACAGACUCAGGCUUCAGUGAGAGCAGUGAGCACUAUCCGAGCCCUGGCAGCGUUUUACCUGACCACAGUAUGGAUUCCCUCACCGAGUCCACUAAGGAGCAUCUUGAAGAAACCCCCAGCACAGAAACCCCUUUGGCCCCAGGCCAGGAUGGACAGGAACCCAAAUACACUGCAAGGGAGCAGGAGCAGAAGACACUGGAAGAGCGCAUAUCUAAGCUAAUUUCAGAAAAUACAGCUGUCGUGGAGGACAAACAGCUGGAGAAUGUAAGGCCACGGAAGACAGUUCUGUCAAAGCAGGGUAGCAUUGACCUCCCCAUGCCGUAUACGUACAAGGACUCCUUUCACUUUGAUAUGAGGAUCAGUAAGACUCCCAAUUUUGGGUUACAAAGAAACAGGAAGCAUGAGUUCUACAGCUCUGUGCCCACUCAGCAAUCCAACACCAUGGAGCAUGCUCCCCUGACCCGCAGCAACUCCCUGCCUUUCAGCGUCACCCUCCUGCAGCCUGAGAGGAGCUGCCCAACCUCCUCCCAUAACAGGGAUUAUGUAACACUUGUGCGGAGGGAAAGCUCCGGCCACAUCAAUCCAACAGGUUUCUCAAUCAAGCCUGUAAACCAGCAUUCAUCCACCCAUCGCCCACUGGUCCGGCAGACGGCCGUAGACGGCAACCACGCAACAGACGGUCUCUUCGUGAAUUCAUCUGUGGAGGAGGCGUGCACCAGCAGUCUCAGCUGCGAUGGGGAUGGUGGUGACAUUUGCGGAGAGCCAAGCAACAGAAAGUUCCGGAGGAAGAAAGCACAGAAGUUUGCCUACAACAAGUGGUACAUGUACGGGGGAGGGACAUUUAAGAAGCUGUACAGUGCUGAGAAAGGUGGUGAUGACAGUGUUAUCAAAGGUAGGAAAUGUUUGACAAACCCAGAGCAUGAGGUUGUUCAGGGCCUGCCAAAAUUUAAUAAGGAGACAGUAACAACAACAGGAUCAACAAUCACCCUCAACAGCAGCAGUGCAACUCUGUGUCAUCCAGGCUGCCCUCCUGCCAAACUAUCUCUGGUCCCUGCUGGGGAUUUGAAUCUAAUAACCAGCCAGCUUCCGACAUCAUGCAGCUCUCUCAAGACUCCUCUCCAGAGAAACCUGUCUUUGUCAAUACUGCCAUUAUCUUCAAUUGGAUCAUCGGUUAGCCACCAAACAGACAGCAUGAGCAGAGCAGAACCUGGGAGAAUGAUCGAUGAAGAAAAACAUACUGACUCCACCUUGCAGCUCCGUGGAGCCCAUAUUCCCUCCGACAGGAAAAAACAGAAAACUGAUGACAAAAUAAUUUGCCCUCUGGAGAUUAAAACCGACCCAAACACACCAACUCAUCCCCUUCCCUCUGUCGCUGGCAUUGCGCCUCAGCAGGACACAAAUCUCAGUUAUAUCAACCUUCAAAAACAUACCCAGUUAAAAGCAGCUCUCUUCCCAACAUGCAUAAUCAAUGCAAAUACACCAUCUGUUAGCACCUCGCCAGCCACUUCCACACCCUCCCCUGCCAAGGCCAGCUUCCUACCCAAGUACCAGCUCAGGUUACCUAAUGCUGCUGAACCUGAUUCAAAUACUUCACCGCAUGUUGUGGAUAAACCAACGGGAACUUUCACCUCUGCUCUGUCAUCUUCUCACACUGAGCAAACCUCACUCUCGCUCAAAACGUCUGUCACCUCACCGUUGAUGCAGACUUGUGAUAUCAAAAAGACAAAUGCUUUUAGCUCCACACAAGACCAGCUCUUCUUGCCUUGCACAGCCACAACUAUGUGUCAGGCUAAAACAUCAAGACUAAGUCCAAAUGCUGUAGAGCACAGGCAAUUUGCAGCAAACACAAUAACCACAUCCUGCCUACAAAAUGAUCAGGCAGGAUUAUGCAGCACUUUAAUACACACUCUUAAAUCUGCACGGAGCUCAGCGCCUAUGCAGUUACCCAGACCUGAUGCACCCUCGAACAUCCCUGCAACACCUGCCGUAACCACAGCAAACACAGACCUCCAGAUCUGCCUCCAAAUCAUAUCUGACGAGCAGCUGGCUCUCAUGGAACCCCAAAUCGAGAGGCAAGCAGGUAGCACCCUCUCACAGAGAAGGGAUGUGAAAGCAGUGGCCUCUGAAGUGAUCCCGAAUAAAGCUCAAAGCUCUGUCACCAUGGAAAGUAGCAAUGAUGGAAGGGACCAUCACCAGCAAGGACAUCAACAGCAGAGGUACCAAAGUGAGUCCUUACCCACACACAAAAAACCUCCACUGUCUGCACAAAUUGGGAGGGCAGAGCCAAAUCUCCCCCUGACUAAAGACCGUAUUUCCACUCAGGCUACAGUAUCAGCUCAAUCUACACCUCCUGAAGCACUAGGCUCGUCGCUACGCCCACACCAAUACGCUCAUGUAAACAAGUUCACUGUGACUCAGAGCUCUACGGGCAAUAUAAUGUCAACUUCUGCUUCACUCAAAGGUGUAAAGUCAGGAAGGAGCCACACUUCAGAGGAGGAACAUGCCCUUUCUCUGAACCGUUGUGCUGAGGAGCAGCUUUUGCGGGACAGAAGGGUCAGCCAAGGUGGAUUGACCUUUCAAACACUCUCUGGCCAACACAAGCUCAGCGGGACCUCUCUCUCUCACUUUAAAAAUCAAGCAGCUUCAUGUAAUGUAGGCACAAUGAAAUCCACGGGCGAAGCCUUUGCAUACGGAAGCAGCAGGUUAGAAAGUGGAGAAACCCAACCCCCUCUGCAGGUCGGCCUCAGUCAGGCCUCCGGUGCUGCAGGUGCUGAUGAACUCUCUGGGUCAGUUUCUUCAAUUUCCAUCAAUAAAUGCAAAGCUUCAAGACAGUUGAACUCACAAGCAACCAUCUAUGGCAGUAAUUCAGUGGAAUCAACAUUAUCAGAGGCAUUCAUUUCAAUGAAACAUGCAAACAUGGGAUGUGACAGGGUGGGACCUUCAGAGGGUUCCCAGGAAAUGACUCCAAGUGAAUUACAGGAUUUAAACAGUUCAGCCCACUCAGAAAAACAACUUGCUCACUUUAUUUCAGUGUCUUCUAACAUCAGUUUAGAAGGACCCAAAGACAUCACAGCUGUGCUUACAAGUAUUCAGAGCGCUCCUGCAGAAGGACCCCCCCUGGCCCAGACACUGGGACAUGGAGAGGCCCCUGGGCAUCCAGACUGCAGGCCCAGGAAGAGCCAAGAGGAUGGAAGGACAAACGUCCAAUGCAUGGAGGGGCGAGGUGGUGGAGGGGUGGCAGGAGAGGAUAAGAACAGAGAGGUUGAGACGGACGAGGUGCCGGGACAGUGGGAAAAGGCCGAGUCAAACUGCACAUACACGUGUUUAGCUGAUAUGGCAAAGCCAGAGGGAGAAGACAGAAGGGUAAAGGUGGAUUCCUUUAAAGACCCUUGGCUAUCUGAGCAGCAUCUUCAUAAUCUUUCCCAGACACACUCAGGAAUGUCUGAGAACCCUCCACAGAGCCCUCAUCAAGCUCCAAGCAAGUCUAACAACCUGAAUCAUUGUGCCAGCAGCAGUCAGAAGAGUCUUUUCAAUCCUCCACAGGCUCCACUGGACAUGAACAACUUCUAUUUCUCACAACAACACUGGGAAAGCAGCAUCCUCCAUAACCAACAAACACAGAUCUUAUGUGAAUCAGAUUCAAGUCAAGGUAUCAGAGCACAGGCCCCAUUAACAGAAACACAACAUGCUCUUUCACAGAUUGAGUCCAGCCCUCAGCAAACACCAACAUGUUCCCACCAGGACCAGCAGCAGAGCAGCAUCUCAGCUAACAACAUCCCAGCAGUGAGCUCAAGUGUCUCGCCUGACGUCAACACAUCACCCUCCACUCACCCCAGCCAUUUUUUUUAUUCUGUUCGAGUCAGUAAAGCUGCUGCUGGAUUGACAGGGGAAACGUCAUCAGAGCCCUUCACGUCCCCAGAACCUGAUGACUAUCAAGACACCAAGGAUACAGCAGCAACUGACUGCACGAGUCAGAGCAGUGACAUUACCAACAAAUGCCACUCUUUUUACUUGUCUGGCCAGCUUUGUGGCUACGAGCCAGAUUGUCCGCCCAGUGGAGUACGGCCUGUUCAAAGCUGCCUGGAAUACACAGAAGACACCAGCAGUAGUGACGAUGAAGGAAAGCUUAUCAUUGAACUUUAGGGCAAUAUGCACAUAUUUAUCUGCUGCAGAGAUAUGUUUUUCAGAGUGGAGGCAGAAAUAAUAUCUAUGGCCGAGUUAAGUUAGUGGGCAGAGCCAAAAGAACCACAUGUGUAAACUCAAAAUAACUGCCAUUGACAUUAACGGUCAAUGGGCAACUUGCAAGAAUAGUAGGUUGAAUAAUGCUGCGUUCAUGUCCUAUCACACAAAGGAGUUCCAAGAUAGUAGUGUGACGGUAUCUCCCACAUGAAAUCACUGAACCAAUCCCACAUGACAUCACUGAACCAAACACAAAACAGCUGCCAAGCCACCAUCGCAGGCACUUAUAAAAUCCAUUAAAUGGAGCAAUACACUGUUUAUAUCUGGUUUCAUUUGUAAACAAACAAGUCCAAAUAUGUAACAUGAUAAAAAAAUGGCUAAUUUAGCCUUACUUUCCAUUUACCUGGUGUGACUACAAAGCUAAUGGGGCUAACCAUCUGGGAUUGAUUCAAUCGAUUUGUGUCAAUAACUGGAGGUUUGAAUGCAGCAUUACACAUGUAGGGGCUUGCCUGCAGCCUGCAAUACACCACACCAAACACCCAGGCUUACUGAAUAUAUGAAUGAAUAUGAAUGGCAUUGACCAUGUUUUCAUUUUUUCAUUUGUGACAUUCGAUGUCACAAACGUUUCUGUCUGUUACCUCAUUAUAAAAAUGAACAAUCAUCAUUUAGGAAUCACUUACAAGCACUGAAGAUAGCAUGGUUGUUGUUUCUGUUAGCAGAGUGUGCAUGCUUCACAUUACUCGCUCCCCCCUGCUUCCCCUGAUGUCUGUUUUGCCUCAUGAGUGUUGACAAAAAGAUUGCGGCUGCUUCUAAUCUAACCAAUGAGAUGACUUCUGCACCUAUGAACUGUUAUACUACUUCUCACACAUCAUCUGUGCCGCCUACCUUCCCUCACUCACUCUCUCUCUCUCUCUCUCUCUCUCUCUCUCUCAUUAAGUGCACUCUGUAACUUUCCCAGACAACACCUGUGCGUGUGACUCAUGUGCACAUGCUGCCAAAUAGCAGUUAGUAGAUCUCUGCUGCCAAUCAGAUCACCCAGGUGAAGCGGCCAUUGGCUGGAUGGGCAUGACCCUUUUCCCAGUCUGAGUUUUGUAAUGAGUCAGCAGCUAUGAUUAGGCACCGGCACUCACGACAACAGGAAAUGGGUGUAUGUGAACAUUUCUGUACAUAAUUCCACAACUAUAACUCACGCUGACUUAUUUGUCAAUCCUCAUCCCAGUAUUGGUCAUAAAACAUUUUGGACUUGACAGGUUUAUGUGUGCAGGAAAGUGAGCUGAUUUAUUAUUGUGUGAAAAAUAUGAAUAUUUGUUUAGUUGUCAUUUUUUCUAAUUUUAUAUUCUUGUAUAAGUAAGCAUAACUGAUAAAACAAAUACAUUCAUCUUCCAUUCAUUGCAUUUAUUGUUUACUGUUUUAAACCAUUUUAACAACAGGAGAGGUCAAUUAAAGAAUUUUCCUGGUCUGAU